CAGAUCUACGCCAUGGGAGGUUUUGAUGGACGUGUGCGCACCAACACGGUGGAGCGGUAUGACGUCAAGGCAAACCAGUGGUCCAUGGUGGCUAACAUGAACGUCGUCCGCAGUGACGCCAGCGCUGCGGCUGCUGGAGGGCGAAUCUACAUCGUGGGAGGCUUCACGGGUCGCGAGGUCCUGGACUCCGUAGAGUGCUACGACCCGUCUACCAAUGUCUGGACCCGGGUGCUGACCAUGUCCUCGCCGCGCAGUGGCGUCAAAGUGAUCGCGCACAAGGACACACUGUACAUCAUGGGUGGAUACAACGGCAUCGCGCGGCUAUCAUCGAUGGAGCAACUCGACGUGAGGAAAUCUCGCUUCUUAGAGUUGCCCAGUAUGCCCCACGCGAAGAGCAACUUUGCCGCCGUCGUUCUGGAAGGAUCUAUCUACACCGUUGGAGGAUUCAAUGGACUGACGACUGUGCCGCUGGUUGAGCGCUACGACAUAGCCACCCAGAACUGGUACACGGCUCCAGAGAUCGCCAUGAACUGCAGUGCGUCCGCGGCCUGCAUCGUUCACGACGUCGCCAACCCUGGUACUCCGGCUACUACGCGCUGUUCAUUCCCGCCAAGGAAGCCAUGGUUACCGAGCCAAAGGAGAAGCCUCAGUGGGCUUCGCGCAUCCGAGAAGUCGAGCUCCUCGUCGACUUCGCCUACCACACUCCCCUGUGCGAAAGCAUUGGCCUCUACAAAGUCUUCAAGGUGCUCGAACUCGCCGAGAGCCUCAAGGUUUGGAAGGACAGAACCCAGUUCCAUGCUCCUACGUCGGAGAAGCUGCGCACGAUCGUCGAAGAUGACCGCCUGUACGCUCCCAGCGAGGUGGAGGACACGUUCGGCGCCACACUCAAAUGGCUAUCCGCCAACGUGGAUGAGAGGAAGACCUACCUCGCUGAGUUCCUGCCGCUCGUGCGCUUCUCACGCUGCUCCGUCACCCACCACGAACCGACGCUCCUAGACCUCAGCACCGUCGGCCACCCGGAAAAGGACGUCGCGGAGCUAGCGGUGCCUUCCCUGACCCCGCCUUCCUCACGUGGCCCUGGCAGCG